AAUAAUAAUAAUAAUAAUAAUAAUAAUAAUAAUAAUAAUAAUAAUAAUAAUAAUAAUAAUAAUAAUAAUAAUAAUAAUAAUAAUAAUAAUAAUAAUAAUAAUAAUAAUAAUAAUAAUAAUAAUAAUAAUAAUAAUAAUAAUAAUAAUAAUAAUAAUAAUAAUAAUAAUAAUAAUAAUAAUAAUAAUAAUAAUAAUAAUAAUAAUAAUAAUAAUAAUAAUAAUAAUAAUAAUAAUAAUAAUAAUAAUAAUAAUAAUAAUAAUAAUAAUAAUAAUAAUAAUAAUAAUAAUAAUAAUAAUAAUAAUAAUAAUAAUAAUAAUAAUAAUAAUAAUAAUAAUAAUAAUAAUAAUAAUAAUAAUAAUAAU